CGGAAAAUAAAACAAUAACAUGCGGCGCGCAAUGUUUGAUGCGGAUAUGCUCAUGUGGGCUGGAAGCGUGUAUGUUGUUUACCUGUCGUAGUAGAGAGAGUUGAUUACGGAAAUUCAUUCGUAGACCCCGAAACAAACUCAUGAUAAGAAAUCAUGGCCGUACCUUCUUUAAACAGCGUCACACAGCCAACUCUGAAGAAUCUAACGUCAGGUUUCGGAGAACUACCCGAAAAGCAAAAUGAGUUUUUACAGUCACUUGGAGCACCUCACGUGGAAUCCUUCAAUUUUAUGUUAGAUAGAGGCCUAAAUAAAGCUCUAGAGGACAUGGAUGAAACGCAAUUUGCGCUUCCAAAUGAUGACAGAGUGUCCUUGAAAUUAGUGGAUAUACAGAUUCUUCCUCCUCUUGUGCCACAAGGUGUCGUUGGUGCAAAAAACUUGGAAGUAUUUCCAACUGAAUGUAGACAGAGAGGGGAUACCUACAGAGGGAGAAUGAUAGGCAGAGUAAUAUGUUCAGUUGCUGGCAAACCAAGUAUAGAAUCAGACGUUUAUUUUGGUGAUAUUCCAAUUAUGAUUAAGUCAGACAGAUGCCAUUUAGCUCGCCUUUCACCAAAAGAGCUGAUAAGUAGAGGCGAACAUGCAGAAGAAUGGGGAGGUUAUUUUGUGGUGAAAGGUCAUGAGCGAUUAAUAAGAAUGCUCUUGAUGACUCGUAGAAAUUACCCCUUGACCGUAGCAAGGACAGGCUGGAAGCAGAGGGGUGUACAGUUUUCAGAUCUUGGUGUUAUGAUUCGGUGUGUAGCAGAUGAUGAAACAGCCACAAACAAUGUGUUACAUUAUGUAACAGAUGGAACAGCAAAGCUGAUGUUCAGUGCAAGAAAAAAUCUUUACUAUGCACCAGUUGUCCUAAUUCUUAAAAGUUUGCUAGAUGUGACAGAUGAAUAUAUUUACCAGCAACUUAUAAAAGGCUAUGAAGAUGACCUAUAUUACAAAGGAUGUAUUAAGAAAAUGCUGCUUUCUGUUCAUGAAGAGGGAUACCAUACACAUUCAGAGGUCAGAGAUUACAUAGGGAGCACAUUCAGAGUCAAGAUGUAUGAGGUUCCACCAUGGGGUACAAAUGCAGAUGUUUGUGAUCACAUUUUAAAAAAAUACAUAGCUAUCCAUGUAUCUUCUUUUGUGGACAAAUUUAACAUCCUGGUACUGAUGACUCAGAAGCUGUUUUCUGCUGUGGCAGACAGAUGUUGUAUUGAAGGUGGUGACAGUUUGAUGACACAGGAAUUGUUGCUGGGUGGACAUUUAUAUCUUCAGGUACUCAAAGAUCGUUUCCAAAGCUGGUUGUCAGGACUUAAGAUGAACAUCCUCAAAAAAGCGGAAUCAACACCUGGAUUUAUGUUGAAAUUGCCCGAACUGCAGCUUGCAAUUAAAAAAACAGGAAAACUUGAAUCAUCCUUAACAUCAUUUAUUUCCACUGGGAACUUGCGAACCCAGUCUGGUCUUGGUUUAAUGCAAGACAAAGGGCUUACCAUAAUGGCAGAAAACAUAAACCGUAUGCGCUAUAUGUCUCAUUUUCGUGCAGUGCAUAGAGGAUCUUUCUUUCAAGAAAUGAGAACAACUGAAGUCAGGCAAUUGCUACCAGAUGCAUGGGGUUUCAUUUGUCCUGCUCAUACACCUGAUGGCACUCCUUGUGGAUUGCUGAACCAUCUGACCAAAGAUUGCGUAGUGACACAGGCAGCAGAUCCACAGUUAGUCUCUCAAAUUCCAUCCAUUUUAGUAUCGUUGGGUAUGCUACCCCUGGGAUCGAUAACUCUUUGCUCGUAUAACCAGUCCCAGUGUUUUGUUGUUGUUUUGGAUGGACGUGUCUUGGGCUAUGUUCCAAAAGAUGCAGCUCCUAGUCUUGUACAACAGCUACGUCUGAUGAAGGCCCAUGGUGUGAAGGUUCCUAGAACAUUAGAAAUAGGAUUCAUACCUGGAAAGUUUGCAAAAGGCCAGUACCCAGGGCUUUUUCUUUUUACGGGUCCUGCUCGCAUGAUGCGGCCCGUGAUCAAUUUGUCAACAAACACAUUGGAAUUGAUUGGGACACUGGAGCAAGUUUAUCUUGAUAUAUGUGUCAGACCUGAGGAAGCAUAUCCUGGUGUGACAACACAUCAGGAGGUAUCAACUACAAGUUUCUUAAGCAAUCUGGCAUGCCUCAUACCUAUGCCAGACUGCAAUCAGAGCCCACGAAACAUGUACCAGUGCCAGAUGGGAAAGCAGACAAUGGGAACACCAUGUCACACAUGGCAUCUUCAAUCUGAGACAAAACUCUAUCGCCUGCAGACUCCGUCUUCACCACUUUUUAGACCAGUUCACCACGAUAUCAUCGGUUUGGAUGAAUUUGCUAUGGGCACUAAUGCAAUAGUUGCUGUCAUAUCAUACACUGGGUAUGAUAUGGAAGAUGCUAUGAUUAUUAACAAAUCAUCAUAUGAAAGAGGUCUAUGCCAUGGAUCAAUUUACAAAUCUGAUUUUAUUGAAUUACCAACACAAAACUGCUAUUUUGAGCUUGAUCCAAACCUCAUUGGACAGAACACUUCACUUGAUAGUGAUGGUCUUCCUAUGCCAGGAACUGUGUUAGAUGAAGGAAAUUAUUUAUACUGCUACUAUGAUGCAGAAGAAGCUACCUACCGCACUGGAAAAUGGAAAGGAUCAGAACGUGCCUACAUUGACAAUGUGCGAUUGUGUGGUGCUGUUGGAUCUUCCAAGAAUAAGGCGUGUAUUACAUUUAGAAUUAGGCGAGAUCCUAACAUUGGUGACAAAUUUGCCAGUCGUGCGGGACAAAAGGGAAUCUGCAGCCAGUUGUGGCCCACAGAGGACUUGCCAUUCACUGAGACAGGAAUGGUUCCAGAUAUUGUCUUUAAUCCUCAUGGUUUUCCAUCUCGAAUGACAAUUGCAAUGAUGAUUGAAGUAAUGGCAGGGAAAUCUGCAGCAAUACAUGGAUUGGUUCAUGAUGCCACACCUUUCAAAUUUUCUGAAAAACAAACGGCAAUAGAGUAUUUUGGCAGUAUGCUUGAAGCAGGAGGCUAUAAUUAUUAUGGUACUGAAACCAUGUAUAGUGGUGUUGAUGGUCGUGAACUAACAGCAACAAUUUUUUUUGGUAUUGUACAUUAUCAACGUCUUCGCCAUAUGGUUUCUGACAAAUGGCAGGUUCGUAGCACUGGUCCAAUUGAUGUAUUAACUCACCAACCUGUAAAAGGUCGACGUCGUGGUGGUGGUAUCCGAUUUGGAGAAAUGGAACGUGAUUCACUAUUGUCACAUGGAGCUUCUUUCUUGCUGCAAGACAGAUUGUUUCACUGUUCUGACAAGACAAAGACACUCAUAUGCAAGAAAUGUGGAAAUAUUUUGAGUCCACUCUACAUUCUGAACCGAAAGCAAGAUCACCAUGAAAGUGUGAUUCAGUGCAGGAUGUGCAAAGACAGCAGUGCAGUUCAAGAGAUUGAGAUUCCUUACAUAUAUAGAUAUCUUGUUGCACAGUUAGCAUCUGUAAAUAUUAAUCUCAAGCUGGAUGUAACAGAAGAGUGAUUAAUAUUCAGGAAGAUAUUAUGAAGUGUUUUGUAUGUGUAUAUUUUUGUACAUUGUGUAUAAAAUAA